AUGGAAGAGCUUGAAAUCCACAGCAAGUCUUACUUCGUCCGCUGGGUUCCUGUCAAAUCCGAGCAUACUAUUUCCUGGAGCAUCCAACCGCACAAGAAAUCUCUCAACUUCGGCAUCUUCAAGCAUCCCGGCCAAUCCGGCGUCCGCACCACGCCCAACCUGUCAUCCACCGAUACGCCCAGCAACGAUUCAAGCGAGAACCUCGCAAAUGGCGGCGCCAGCUCACGACAGAACACUUCGGCUUCUCUUACCGACAAGCUGACGGGCAUGGGCUUGAAGCAAAUACGAUGGGUCGGUAAAUGUGAGGCGGAUAAGAUCGUCCAGGGAACCUACGAUGUGCCUCCUAAUGAAGGUGGGAACUAUGCGCUGGUAUUCGACAACACGUUUUCGAAGCAGAUAUCCAAGACCGUGACUCUCGUGCUACUCACCUACCCCACUGCAUUACCUCCCCAAUCGGUUCCUACGACCCAUGCGGCAAGUCAACCAGGGGGCGAGACGGAGUCCGCCUCGUCGCGAAGGCGGGGCAAUAGCAUAAUGUCCAAAAUGCCGCCCCAAAUACAGGUUCAGGAGGGAGAUGAAAUGACAACAAUACACACCGGUCUUCUUCUCAAGCGUCGCCGUAAGCGCCACCAGGGGUGGGCACGGCGGUUUUUCUCUCUCGACUUUACGACCUCUACACUAUCGUACUUCCACGAUCCGAACUCUGCUACCCUACGUGGCUCAAUUCCGCUGAACCUAGCUGCGGUAGCUUGCAACGAGACUUCGCGCGAGAUUUCUAUCGACUCUGGCACUGAGGUCUGGCAUUUGCGCGCUCGCAAUGAUGCCGAGUUUGCGUCAUGGAAGCGCGUCCUGGAGAAGGCUUCAUCCAGUAAGGGCGCCGGCGAUGGGAGUCACUCGCCGAGACAUCUGCAUCCGAGCACGGCACUUCAGUUACCACCGCAGCAUUAUUUGACGAGCGCCGCCGAGGAGCGCGACUGGGCGCGGGUCGCAGAGUUGGUCGGCCGAGUCUCAGGAUCCCGUGAUGCUGUCCGACGACUAGCCAAGGACACGGAUCCCAAGUACAUGAGUCCAAAUCCCCCUCGUGGACGGUCUGGGCGGUCGCCUAGUCCGCAUCCAGGCGAGACUAAUGGCGAAGAGAGGCGGCCAUUCUGGAAACGAAAGGCUUCCAACGCGGCCUCAUCUAAACUGUCCGCCCCAAGCGAUACUUCUCUUGAUCGAAAACCGGCCGGUCUGGCCAGUGUAGAACAAGCCAAUGACACCCAUGAGAGCCUCAUGUCUCUUUUGCGCGACCUGGACCACGUCGUUAACGACUUUGGGGUCUUGCUCUCGGAGAGUCAACAACGUCGUCAGCCUCCUCAGCUCACCUCACAGUCGCGAAUGAGCGUGGAGUCGGACAGGUCGGAGGAGUUCUUCGACGCUGUCGACGCCACCGACUCUCAAUUACUUACCAUCAAAGGCGACAGCGACGAAGAUACAGUAGCGGAUGCCCCGGCCGAUGUUGUUGCUGACGAUGCACCAUCAGAUAGCGACGAUGAUGUCUCAGAACCCGCAGACACAGGUGAAGCGCACGAUCAACAGUCUCCAUUAUUCCCAGCGCGCCCUAAAACCCUCAUACCACUCCCGCUCGACCCGGUCCCCCGUCGAAACAAUAUUCCCGCGCCAACGGUGAUGCCACCCAGCUUGAUUGGAUUCCUCCGCAAGAACGUCGGCAAGGACCUCUCCCAGAUCUCAAUGCCUGUAUCCUCCAAUGAGCCUCUCUCUCUACUUCAGCGGGCCGCGGAGGUCAUGGAAUACUCAGCCCUUCUUGACAAGGCCGCACAAGUCAGCGACGCAAACGAACGACACCUCUAUGUAACUGCGUUCGCUCUCUCCUCCCUUUCCAGUAGUCGCGUUCGCGAACGAGCAAUCCGCAAACCAUUUAAUCCCAUGCUCGGCGAAACCUACGAGCUUGUCCGUGAGGAUAUGGGCUUCCGCUUCAUCGCCGAAAAGGUUUCCCACCGUCCCGUCCAGCUUGCCUACCAAGCAGACAGCAAAGACUGGAGCCUCGCCCAGUCCCCGCGGCCCUCUCAGAAAUUCUGGGGUAAAUCCGCUGAAAUCGUCACAGAGGGUAAACUCCGCAUCACUCUGCACUCCACAGGAGAACACUUCUCCCUGUCGCCGGCAACGUCCUUCCUCCGCAACAUCAUCGCCGGCGAGAAAUAUGUCGAACCAGUCGGUGAGAUGACCGUGCACAACGAGACGACGGGAGCCCGCUCAAUCUCCACCUUUAAGGCUGGCGGAAUGUUCUCCGGCCGCUCGGAGGAAGUAUCCACCAAGCUCGUCGAUGCGUCCGGCCGCGAACUGUCCAUCUCCCUCACAGGUUCCUGGACCUCCUCCCUCUCCCUGUCCGGAGGCUCUUCAGGAACCUCAACAAUCUGGACUGCAGGCCCCCUUGUCUCCAACGCUCCUAAACACUACGGCCUCCCGGCCUUUGCUGCAGCCCUCAACGAAAUUACCUCUAUCGAAGACAAGAAGAUCCCCGCCACCGACUCCCGGCUGCGCCCUGACCAGCGCGCCCUUGAAGACGGCGAUGUAGACCGCGCCGAGGAAGUCAAGGUACAGCUUGAGGAAGCGCAGCGCGCAAGGAGACGCGAUAUGGAAGCUUCCGGUCAGAGCUGGGAGCCGAGGUGGUUCAUGAAGGUUGAUGAGGUGGCGGACGGCGAGGUUUUCUGGCGGUUGAAGGGGGGAAAGGAUGGGUACUGGGAAGAGAGGAGCAAGGGGAGCUGGAAUGGAGUGUCGCCGGUAUUUGAGAUGAAUUAG